UCAAUGUUGGCGACGAGUACCUCCUCCGAGCUGGAGGACGAUUCCUCCAGGGCGAUAUGUAUAAUGCCGCCGCGUCCGGGCACAGCCCCCAAAAACUUUAAGGAGCUGCAUAUACCACGAGAUCAACUAACGCCCGUCACAUUUCCCAUUCAGGAGGCACAACGUUGGCUAACGUUGGUCGGCAAAUCGGACAGGGAAGAGGGAAAGAUCUAUCGGUUUCCGUUGCCAACGAUUUUACCCAAGGUAAUACAGACACGUUUCGUGCCCAAGGGGGAGCUGCCCAAAGAUGUCGCCGUGGAUCGACGUCGACGUCAAUACAGCAAGAUGAAUCUUGUUGAGGAGCUGAAGAAGGCCGGACUAACCGACGAUGUCCUCCAGCCGACCGAAGAGCAAUACAAUCUGAUGUCCGAGUUUGCGUUUCCCCACAAGUUUCCCCUCAGUUUCUUUGACGACAGCAACUAUGACAUCAGCUCACCCGAGGCCUGGUUCGAGCUGGGUGUCGUCGGAGAUGUCCAUUAUCCGCUCCCAGCUCGUGCCUAUCUCCCCUACAAUCGGAGCCUGAGAAGUUGCCGUUGGGCCACCGCCGCGGUGACAUCGUACAAUGCCAGGACGGACCUCUGGACACUCGUCUCCCUGGAGGAUGAAUGCACCUACGAGGUGCCCAAGUUGCAGUUCAUGUUUCUGGCCGAGGAUCCGCACAAGUACAUCCAACGCUUGAAGUCGGCCAUCCACGAACGGCACAAGGGCGAGCAGUUGAUGCUGAUGGAGCUGAUCGUGGACUGUGUGCUCCAUGACGAUAUCGAGUCAACGACUUUCCAAAGCUUCAAGCCCAUUGAGAAGAUCCUGCAGGAGUCCAAGGUCUCGGAGCAGUGUAAACGACGUCUACGCUCCGAGGUAAACAUCGUUUUUGAGCGUCUGAUGGCGCUCUAUGAGCUGGAGCAGUUCAUCAUCCACAUGCCCAAGGAGUUCCCCCAGUUCCGCAACAUUUCACUGAAGGAAUUCAUGCCGACUGCCGCCCGCGUUGACUUUGCGGAUCAGGAACGUCGCGAGCUGCAGGCUAUGAAACUGGAUAUCAUGGAUAAACGUUAUGGUUGGCUCCGGGCCAGUCUCUUCUAUUGCGUGGGUGGCAUCGAGGCCAUGAUGGGCGUGGCCAUCGAGUGUCAGCAUAUUGAGACUCUCAACAUAUUCGUGUGCAACUUCAACAAGCCGACGGCUCUGGUGGAUUUCCUGCAAUCGCAGGAGGCGCACAGCGACAGUGUGGCCACAUUCCUGAAGGUCUACUGGCCACAGCAGCUGAACACUGUGAUUACCCUGGUGCUCCGGGCACUGGGCAAGGGAUGGCUGGACAUAUCGCUUAGGGUUUGGACAGUCUAUGACAUGUGCAAGAUCUCGAGAUUCCUGCUGCAGGUCAAGUUCCGUAUGCAGGAGUCGAUGGAGAUGCUUCUCCUGUCCUCACUGACCAAUUUCACCAAGCUAGUUUGUGAUCCUUGCCUGCAGUUCCUGGAGCUGAAGCACAACUACAAGUGGACCAGUGAUUUCAUAGAAACCGAAUUUCCCUACCCAAAACCCGUGUUUGCCUUGACCAUUGGCAUUAACGAGGAUCGCAAGAUCUUUUACUCCACAAAUCCCGAUGAGUUUCAGCCUGCGUUAUUGGACAUCUAUAAGCGGGGAUUGGAGAAGACAGCGGGUGUUCGUGUCAUCGAUGCGGAUGUCAUGACAAAUCUGAAAUUUGCCCGCAAUCUCUUCAUCCUUACCGUCGAGCUGAUCGAGGAUAAGUUCCUCAUCUAUAACGAUCUGCUGCGACGUUGUUAUGCCCAGGCGGUAAUUCCCCUGAGGGCCUAUGCCCGCCUCUUUGAAAGAUUCAUCGACUUUUAUCUGCUGAAUAACGCGGAAUUUAUGAAGGAAUAUGCGGCGGCCAAGAAGCCAUCGUCCCAGGUCAAGCGAGACAUCAUCGAGUACAAGCGUCAGAAGGAUGAGGUGCGCACCAUUUUGCCGGCAUUUAUAACCAUCGGAUCCUUCUACAUCAACGUGGAUACCUUGAAGCAGUUUCUGGUGAAGAAGUACAUCGACCUGGUGCGUCGCAUCUUCGAGUAUUACGUGGAUCGAAUGUAUGAGACGAACGAGCUGCUGAUAGAGCGUUGCCAGGAGGUCUUCCAAAAGAUCGCGAUGCGUCCAGUGAGCAUUGAGCAUCUCUUCGAGAUCAGAGACUAUGCUCUGACGGUGCCGGACAUUGUGGAUGACAUCCGAGCCGAUAUUCAGGUCAUGUGGCUGGAGUAUGACAUGCUCGAUAGUUUCUUCUAUAAUCUGAGCGAUCAUCAGUUUGCGAUGAAGUGGAAUGCUUUUGCCUGGCCCCAUCAGAUUCUUGUUCGACUGUCCACGCUGAAGGAUGAGCAGAAGAUCGACAUUGAGGAGUUCCUACGACAGCAUUACAGCGAGUGUCAAGGCUUCGAGGAGCGUCUGGAAUCGCUUAAUGAUGAGGUCCAGGCCUUCUCUCUGAUCUUCAAUCCCAAUCGGGCUCAGGAGACCUCGGUGGAUAUUAAAAAGACCUGGGCCCUUAUCAGGGAAUUGGAGAAGCUCGGCCGAACGCUACAGUAUCGUCAGGAGCUCUUUGAAUUGGAUCCUCUGUCCACGGCAUUCCUUACGAGCAUCGUCGACAGCUUUCAACCCUAUAAACAACUUUGGUAUGCCUGUGCCAAUUUUCACAAGCUGGAGGAUGCCACUUUGGGUAAUCCCAUAGCACAGAUCGAUCUCGAGGAGGUUUGGGCCAACUUAAUGAACCUACGCAACGAACUUCUCCAAUCCUUGGAGAAUUUUAGUGAGAAACCCGAGAUUAUGGAUGUGGCAAAUGUGUUUAUAGGAAAAAUCGAUGAGUUUGUUCCAGUCUACAAUAGUGUCAAGGAUCUGAGGAACGAGAACUGGAUGUACCUUCACUGGAUGGAACUCAGUAAAGUCAUUGGCAAUGAGAUCAAGUACACUGUCGCCUUGAAUUAUCAAUACUUGAUUCGAAAGGGCAUCCUCGACUUUCUGCCCGAAGUGCAUGAUAUCUCCGUGAGGGCUACCAACGAGGCGGAGGAGAUUCAAAAGGCCAUCGAGGAGGAGGAGCGUCGCAAACAAGCCGAACUGGAUGCACUUCUUCUGCGUAAACAAUUGCGCAAAUGUCGCAGGGACAUACUCUAAAAUAUUAUUCCCCCCAUUCUCGUUCAGAUCGUGAAAACUAUUAAAAAUGGGUUCAGCAUCUAAAGCUGAGAGUGUUUAUAUUUUUAUUCUUAUUGGGUUUGGAUAUUCGAAAGAUAUAGUUACUAAUGUAGCAAAGUAUCUAUCCGUUAUCCGUUAACUCAUCCACAACAUGACAUCAAAAAUAAAUUCAAUGCUAAAGCUG